AUGGUGUUGGUUCUAGCCCUGGGGGAUCUCCACAUCCCCCACCGUGCUUCCGACCUCCCCACGAAGUUCAAGUCUAUGCUCGUCCCGGGGAAGAUUCAGCACAUCAUUUGUACGGGAAAUCUCUGUAUAAAGGUACUCUCUGCCGCACUUCUUUUUCUGUUCGUGGUACUUCAUCAAAAUUCGCCGUGUGCUCGUUAGAUCUUGAAUGAUCACUCUCUGAGGUCCUCUCUACACUUCAAUACCAAUUCUUCGUAGGACGCCACGGAUGAAUUAUGCACCCCGGAGCUGGACAAACCUGCCGUUUUAUCAUCCGGCUCCCUCGAUUCAUCUAUAACUAAGAUAUGAAAAUGAUUAAUUCCAUAAAUUAAACUGCACAUCACAUCUUGGUUACUCGCUCAUUUUUGUUUUAGGAUUCGACAUCUAGGAUGUCGUUCAAAUAGAUGGAUCAAUUACACAUCUGGCUUCGUUUAAUCGUGGUUACUCGCUUCUCCUUUGUUAUCACUUAGGAAUUUCAAAUGAUGCUCGUUCAUAUCAAGGUGUUGAUGUGUAGAAAAUAAGAAUAUAUUACUAUUCAGUAGGAUGAACAUAGGGUUGAUAACAAGUUUAAAGGUCCUAAGCGUAGGGAUUACCAUGGUGCUCAAAAAGGUAACUUUUCGGACAUAAGUCGUCCGUGAUUGUUCAACUUCCGUAUCGAGAUUGUACAUUGAGAAAACACACGAGGACACUGACAUUCAGACGAUCAACUUAUAGACCCAUGUUUUCUGAAGUAGAAUGAAGUAUGUACAAUCAAACGGAGGAAAGGGAAACAUAUGGGAACACAAUAAGUUACAAAUGGUGAUGGAGCUGACAGUUCGAAUAGAACGGCCACCAUUUUAUUCCUUCGAGGAAAACGAGUUCGGGAAUGGUCAUAUCUUCCCCGAGUAGGAACAAGGUUUUCUCGUUAUUUUCAAUUUUGGGGUAUUAUGACAUUUUAUAAUAAACAUGUGUGCUAGUGCACACCUAUUUUAUUAGAAAUGGGGUAAAGGCAUGUGCUCAUAUCACCUGUUGGUUAUGUGGCCCUGAAACAUUACUAGCUACCCAUGUCAGUUAGUAUGGUAUUAAUAUGCUCCGACGAUUAGGCCGCGUGUUUGCAGAAACAUGUGACAAGCCCUUUACUGAACUCGAAGUGACUGAAACAGAGGGCUUGCCGGUGAUCCGAGCACUUCAGAAGAUAAAUCUCAAUGAUAGAAGAAUGGAUCGCAUGACAACUUGUGUCAGAUUCAAAGUAGUUUCUACCAAGCUGGUCCCUCACUGGCUGCAGCCCAGGAUUUGAGGAUUUACUUGUCGCUGGAUAUAUCAUCUAGUUUAAUGCCGAUACUAAUAAUAUGUAAGAGCCACUUUGCUCUUAUUACACGAAUAGCCCGAGUAAAGACUUAGUAGUGCCCAUAAUAGCUUACUAAUCUGCUUUUAGUGAAGUGUAAUAUACGUGAGCGUGGUCCCUUUUCAGUUGGUGUUCGGAAGAUGUGCAGUAAAAAUAUUUCUUUGCUCUCAGUUUAGAUUUUGGUUCCUCGUUUUGUCUCAUUAUCCUUCACUCGUGUUGGAACAUUUUCUACUUGUUGAGUUCAAGGAAAAACGUUUUUACAUGCAUAGUUGUGAGAGAGAACUUAGAAUGUCUUAUGAGGGUUUUAAUAUUUAUUAAUCUGAUUUUUUUCUUUGAUUUUGUCUCCAAAGUGUUGCAUAACCCAAGAGUGAGAGAAAUUUCCCAUUGCAUGAACGAUCCAUCUGAAUCUUUACUACCUAAUUUGGUCCAGUCUUCUCAUUGUUCACGGGAGAUGGCACAGCAUAGUCAUCAAUGUAUUUUUCUUUGUAAAUACAGAUACUUAACAUUUAUGCUGCCAAAAAAGAACGACAUGACUGUACAUUUGAUAUGUUUUUUCCUUUCUUUCCUUGUUCCUUCUGUGUAAAGCAUAGAAUUCUUGCAUCUCGUGGUUAUCAAUAUGGCAUUCGUUGUCAGCAAACUUUUAUGCAAAGUAGUUUCACUGUUGAUGAAUGCCAAAAUUUAUAAAUAAAUGACUUAAUAUGCCCUUCUUAUUUACAGGAAAUUCAUGAUUACUUGAAAAGUCUUUGCCCUGACUUGCAUAUUAGUCGAGGGGAAUAUGACGAGGAUGCUCGGUACCCUGAAAGUAAAACCCUCACCAUUGGUCAGUUUAAGCUCGGAGUCUGUCAUGGUCACCAGGUUCGUUUUUCUUGUAGAAAGAGUUCAUAUCUCAGGCACUUUCUCUGGAUUCCACCUUGUGCUUGUGAAAUAUUUUUCAGUGACAAAGAAAUGUUUUACUGAAUUCCAAUUGUGUUGUUAACAUAGUUGGUGAAAUAUAUUAUUUAAUCAUAAUUCUGUUAUUAGAGUUGAAUUAGGUUUUCCUGAAAAUCCUAAUUAAGUCUUUAGGAUUUUAAUGUAAUUCUUUGCCUGAAAAUGGUGCAUGUGACCUUAAAAUAUGGAUAAAUCUGGACUGUUGGACCACAAAAAUAAAUCUACCAGCCAUGACUUCGGUUACCUUUGUCAACUGAACCCUGAAAGACAUUCUGGGUCUGAGCCGAGAUCAAACAUCAGGUUUCGUUGAGGUUGAUCUUUGAUAGCUGAGGUAAGUGCCGACGUAUGACUUCAUUGCCUCCUUACGUCCCAAAACUUUGUUGAUUUGGGUGGUUAUUGAGGUAGGAAAAGUAUGCUUUAUCCUGCCUCCGAUUGUGCUCGGGUUCUGUUUUCUUCGUAUAAUGCCUCUAGCCAGACUAAUUACGGCAAAGCUUAAGAACUUAAAAGUUUUGACCCAUAGUUUUUAAUUAGUGCUAUCAGUAUGAUCGCAAAACUCUCCCGCCGGCUCUAAACUUGAUAUGCCCAUGCUCUCUCUGAAGCGGAUAAUGUGGCAUGUAUUAAUGCGUUUACAUGUUAAGUUGACUUAACAUAGGUAAUUUCUGUCAACCGUUUGGUAGAUCCCAUCUGACGGAUAAAACUAGGUCUUGUUAGGAUAAAAUAGAGAAUGGCAGGAAAACGAGCUAAAUUCGUUGGUUGAUCUCAUCGUCUGAUGACACUAGAUCUCUUUAAGAUCAAACUGGAGAAUGGAAGAGAGCUGAGCCUAACUACUAGGUUUCUUCCUUCCAUUUUUCGUUUUUAUAUUGAUCAAUCUGCAGUUUCUUGGUAACUUUAGUUUCAAUUUCUUCUCUUUCCAAGUAUGGAACAUUCCAUAACGUAAUCAGCCGACUCCCCGUCCAUGACAGUGGCAUUCAUGGACGUCAAAUUUCCAACUCUAUCGUUCAUCCUCGCCAGUAAUCUUUUAUGUGAGAUGGCUGGAAGAUGGGAGUUUCAUAUCAUUGUGUUGUUUUAGUGCCGAAAUAUGCUUUUCACCUAUCCAAGGCCCCGAUACAUCUCCGCUAAGUCUUGAUUUGGCGGAAUUAACUUGGUAUCAGGUCUGAUCAAUUACUGUUGCAUCAACAGUUUCUAAAGAAAAACAGGGUACAAAUCGAUCAGGUGUACACCGCCCAAAACCAAUCCAUCUUCAGUCCUAGCGAUCAUUUAUUUUUAACUCGUUUUUGUUCAUGGAUUUAUACUUGCCAAAGCAAAAUCUUUGUCCAACUGCUGCCGUUCUCUAUGAUUCGUACUGUAUUCAUGUUUCUCGUGUUCCUGCGGCACUGAAAGCAGGUCAUCCCAUGGGGGGAUUUGGACUCCUUGGCCAUGCUUCAGAGGCAACUGGACGUAGACAUCCUCAUCACGGGCCACACCCAUCAAUUUAAGGCCUACAAGCACGAGGGAGGGGUCGUCAUCAACCCAGGUUCUGCGACAGGCGCCUACAGCAGCAUCACAAAUGAUGUGAACCCCAGCUUCGUACUCAUGGACAUCGAUGGCCUCCGCGUCGUGGUGUAUGUUUACGAGCUCAUCGAUGGAGAAGUGAAAGUCGACAAGAUUGAUUUCAAGAAGACCUCGACCACUGCAUCUGCUCAUUAA